GCGAGGGGCUAGAGGUGUUGGUGCCAACGUAGUGCUGCCGAAGCGUGUUCAUAUAGGACUUGAGCACGGAGGCGAGGGUGAGUCACCUCGGCCGUCUCGGUUCCUUGAGGUCCCGGAUGAUGACUGCGAAAAACUUUGGUUCCCACAACGUGCUGGAAGUAUCCGCCGCGGAGACAAGGCGGUGGGAACUGAGCCUACGCCGGCCCCGAGUCGUGAGUCAAGAGUUUGACCCAGUGCGCGGUCCCCGGAUCCGAUACUUUGUACUCUUUGAGCUCACAACAGAAGAACAUGGGAGGGUAUGCAUGCUCUAAAAUUCCGUGUCAAGAUUCGAGUCAACUCGGAGCCAACCAGUCGAAGGUGCAAGACCAUCAUAUUACGUCACCCUGGGAUUCAGGACUUUGUAGCAGAGAGACGGC